CUGGGGCGGGCCGAUCUUGGGGCGGGCCGAGCCCAUCCUGGGCCGCCCAGCGCGGCUCUCUAGCGGCGCUGAUGGGGCUGGGGUCCUGGCUGCGAUCGCUGGGUGGAUGCUGCGGAUGCUGCCGAGGGGAGGCGGCGCCAGCCGAAAAGGAGCCUUUGAUCAGUAACAACAACCCCUACGCCUCGUUUGGAGCCACGCUGGCGCGGGAUGAGGAGCAGAACCUGUGGAGCACGCCACACGAUGUGACGCACACGGAGGCGGACGACGAUCGGGUGCUGUACAACAUGAUCGUGGUCAGGAACCAGCUGGACAAGGACUCGGAGGAAUGGCAAAAGCUCAACUAUGAUAUUUAUACCUUACGGCAGACGCGGAAAGAAGUGAGAAGCAGGUGGAAACACAUUUUGGAAGAUUUAGGUUUCCAGAAGGAAGCAGACUCCCUCUUGUCAGUGACCAAACUCAGCAUCAUUAGUGACUCUCAGAACAUGGGCAAAGCCCGGGACAUCCUGUUAAGGUUGUCUGAGGAGACAAACAUCUUUCCAACCAGCUGGGAGCUUUCUGAGCGCUACCUCUUUGUGGUGGAUCGGCUCAUAGCUCUGGAUGCUGCAGAUGAGUUCUUCAAGAUGGCCAGCACGGUGUAUCCAAAGAGACCCAGCGGGGAAAGAACGGACGAUAGCCAGAAGGUCCCACAGCAUCUCUCUGUUGUGGUACCCUGAAGAAAGUGCCUUGCUGGUGCAAGAUGGACUUCAGAUUUCCCUCCUCUGCUAAAGGGUUUGCACGAGUAGUGCUGCUCCUUGUUUUCUUGCAGAGAAGUGAGUGGGCCAGCUGGAGCAGGGCAAGGAGGUCAGCCAGCCAUGCCCCACAAGGAGGGCACUGGAAAGUGGAUGCUGGCCCUGAAGUGCUCCCAAGCAGAAGGGAGCAAGGACUGCUGUAGCAUAGCCCAGGUGGUAGACCUCUAGCUGAGUAGUGUGUGCACUAGGCAUGUGGGGAACCCAACUUCAAGGUGUUCCUACCAGUAGCUGCAAAAGUUGAGCUGUCCCUAGCUACAAGCGCUGUGAAGAGAUCUGCGUUUCCACCUUCUGCUGGUAUCUGCCACUGUCCCCUCCCUCCACCCCACUAGCUAGAAGGACCAGCAAGGAAGGAAAAAUACCUCAGCUGUCUACAACUCCCUGAUGUUUCUCUGUUCACUGGUCCUCUUCCUCAUCCCUUGCCCUGGCAGCCCCACUGGGCAGGUCCUGGGGAAUCCUGCAAAGAGGCCAGAACACUGCGUGGCUGGGAGGGGAGUUAGCACUGGGCAGCAAAGCCUUGGCUCAGCGCUGCAUUUAGGUGCUGUGUUCUCUGCUAUUAGUGGUCUGGAGGCAUUUGUGUCAAGGAGUGCUCAGCCUGACAUCUUAAAUGGAGGUAGGUUUUAGGAGGGUGCCAAGGUCAGAACUGCUGAGAAUUUGGCUCCUGUGAUACCCUCAGAUUGGUUGCCCAACAUCUUAAUUAAUCUCUGGAAGCUUUGAUCUCAGCUGCAUAAAGAAACUCCACUAUAAAGCUGCAUGUACUGUCAAUAUGUGCUGUCCCUACUGUUAAUGAGGAUUUGUAAUGAACGUCCUUUAUAUCUUGGGGUUGUGUCUGAUAAUGAGCAAUAAUUUUAAAACACUGGAUUUAAUAGUUUAAAAACAAGUGGAAAUUCUUCACUGGUUAACCCACAUGCUGCUAAGUGGCCAGUUGAAAGUGCUGGUUACACAGGACCUCCCAAAACAGCAAAACAGAGCUUUUAUUUGUCUAUACUUGCAGUGUUUGAAAGAUAUAUAUAUAUAUAUUUAUGAAUUGUUUCUGUUUAUCAGUCUUCCUGGGAAACAUUUCUGUCAGCUCAGGACCUCAGUGAAAACUGAGUUUAAUAAACAAACCACACUGCAAACCCAACGGUUCUUACUCUCUCU